UCUUAACUGAAAGUUGAUACUUCAUUGUCUAUGGAUAAGAAUCAUAGGUAUAAGAGUAUAUAUAGGGUAAGUGACGUCUUUAAAAGAAUGGUCUUAUGUAGACUUAUGAAACAACAGUUAUUUUCAUUUGUUCUAAUAUAUCUCAAUGUUUUGCUUUAGGACAGAGUGCAGCAUGUGUAUAAAUCAUUUCAAGAAUAAAAAAUAAACAUUUUUAAUCUUAUAUGUAUAAUAAUGAUAAUGAGAUCAAAAUAAAUAUGGCACAAUCCAUACAUUAAUUUCACGAGACGGUUCUAACAAAUUAAAAAUAAACUAAGAUUUUGCCCUCGAGGGCAAGCUACAGGUAGCCUAUAUUCAGCCAAGACAAUGCAAUAUACAAAAGGGUGGUAAAUCCUGAGUAAUUACUUAAAAUUGUUGUCCACCAGCAAUCUCCAUAUAACUGGACACCACGAAAGACAGGAAUUUUUUCUUUCCUCCGCUAUGGUGAGAAUGCUGAGAACAACGGGCUCAUUAUUUGGGAGGAGACUGAAACCGCGGGUUGUGAUUGGAUGCUGCCAGCAGGUAGACGCGAACAGGUACUGUGGCAUCCAACGAUUUCUUGCGUUUUCGUUUGGUGCUCUUCUCUUUUGUUCAAUCUCAAGGCUUAUCUAAAUUAAUAUAGUGAGUAUAAGAGCGUGUCGUUUCGCUUUCAAAACAAGACAUACCUGGAUUUUGGCGCGCAUAAAGUCUUUGGGUGUCGGGGUUUAAAUUUGUUGUUCUUAAGAAACGAAUAACUAAAGCGCGCGUCAAAAGGACGGAGAUCGUUGAUUUUUCUGUUCAAUCACAGUUAUUUUUCCAUUGGAUAUAAACCUGGGACCUCUGACAUUCCAAGUAAGUGAGUACCGGUCUUGGUUGUUUUUUGUUGUUGUUGUUGUUGAAGCGGGAGGGUCAAACCAAGGACAAACAACGUAAUUUAUUCUUUAAAACAUUCAGGUAAUUCUUUGCCGAAAACUCAACAGAACGGAAUGUGUGAUUCAGUAAACUCCCCGCUGCUGAUUCUCUUGGUUGUAACAGGUGUGUUGAUAUGUGAGGCACAAGUGUGUGGCAGGCCACCCCUGGGGAAACGCAUUGUAGGUGGAGUUGAAACAUCGGAAGGGGCAUGGCCUUGGCAAGUGGACAUUCAGAUGGGAACUGCCGGCCAUAUUUGCGGUGGAUCUAUAAUAGCAAGAAACUGGGUUCUCUCUGCUGCACACUGCUUUCUUAACCCUUCCAAAGUGUCUUCAUAUCGUCUGAACAUGGGACGUCAUCAGCUCAAUGGCUAUAGCCAGUUUGAGAUGGUCAGUCAAGUGCAGCGAGUGGUUGUUCCAGAAGGAUACUCCAACCCACAGGAGGGCAGAGAUUUAGCUUUAGUGCAGCUACGUUCUCCGCUCACCUGGUCAGACAGGAUCCAGCCUGUGUGUUUGCCUCAUGCAGGGCUCCAGUUCGACAGUGGAACCUUAUGUUAUGUCACAGGCUGGGGUCACACACAGGAGGGGGUCUCUCUCAAUGGAACUGGGGCACUGCGGGAGGUACAAGUGCCUCUUAUUGACCGGUCUUCCUGCCAGUCAAUGUACAAGAUUCAAGCAUCUGAUUCAGAAAGGGUGAAUAUCUUAUCAGACAUGAUCUGUGCUGGAUAUAUGGAGGGAGGCAAAGAUUCCUGUCAGGGGGACUCUGGGGGCCCUCUAGUUUGUCCUGCUGUCAACGGGACAUGGAUUCAGGUAGGAGUGGUAAGUUUUGGACUUGGGUGUGCUCAACGGAACCGACCGGGUGUCUAUUCCAAAGUUUCAAGUUUUGCAGGCCUCAUCCACUCCACGGUUCCAGAAGCUCAGUUGUUGGGUCAUGCUUCGGAGAAUCAAUGUCAAACAUCUCUAAUUCUAGGCCUCUCUUUUGCAUUAGUUUUCUUUUGGAGACAGUAGAUUGAUAGAAAUAUGACGCAAUCACAGCUUCCGUUCAUGAAUUCAUUCAGCUAAUAGCAGUUAAUCGUGUUGCUCAGGAGCAAAUUACCCUCCACUCACAUUACAAUCGGGACUCGACUUUCCUUUUCAUAAGUCUCAACUACAUUUUAAUUAUGCGUUAUACUUUAAUGUCUUUAAGAACUAAUGACAUCUGCUUGUUCUGUUCUGUUUACCCUAAGGGGGUUAUCGCUGCGCUGUUUUGCCCAGAACAGAACCAUACUACCAAUCUAAACUGUAUACUAAUUGUCAAUCACUUAUGGUACUGUUAUAAAGCACACCAGUUUUGUUGGUGUGGCACUGACCUGCCAUGAUACUGUGUUUUGAAUGCUGGUAUGAUGAGAAAUGUAAAUAAUGCAAAACAAGUGAAAGUUAUUAUUAUUAUUUAAUUAAUGUGACAUGAUGAAGUGAUCUGGUCAUCUUAUCCUGCCUACUGAACUAAUCUAGUUUGUUAUACUAUUAUUAUUUGGUAUUGGACUUUUUUUUCAAUUGCACAUAAACAAUGUUACAAGGACCUCUAAACACUGCAUAUGCCAAUAUCAUAAUACAUUAUUUUAUAUAGCCUGUUAUGGUUGUUUUUUAUAUGAAAAAAUGAAUUGACUGCAUAUUGUUGCACACUACAUGUUACCAUAUCACAUAACUUAAAAUUAGUGUUGUUAUUUCUUAUAUUUUAUACAUUAAGGUAGUAUGCCACUCCUUUUGCACCCUCUCUUUUUUUCAUGCUUAGGACAAUGGUUUGUUUGCCUUUUAGUUUUAAUUUCCAGCAUUCCUUAUUUUGAGUUUUAUACAGUAAAGGUGCUACAUCCAAUUGUUUAAAUGGGACAUUCUACCAGAAACGUACAUUAACCCUGACAGGGCCUGACACUUUAGCUCGACCUCCUAAAAAAAAAACCCAUACAAAAACAAGCUUAAAAUCAUACAAUUAAAUGACAGAACUCACCCUUGAUCAGUGUCAGCUUCACCUCAGUCAAAUGAUGUCAAACCAAAGGCAUAUUGCACACAUUUUAUGUUGAGUUUUAUGUAAACGUGACAGGACUGACCAAAAACAUGGGGACUAUGUUAUAUACUAUAAUACUAAAUAUUUAUUUGCAGAAUUUAUGUAGAAUGUCUUGUUUUUAAUCAAUUGAUAUGAAUGAUAACAACUUAAACAUGCUAUUCAUGGAGUUUUUUUCUAAAUAAUUUUUUUAGCAUAACAAAACUAUGAAAGCUGUAGGUCCAAGGACAGGAUUUGUGAUUUUCAAAAGUGUUUUAAAUAAAGAAAAAAUUAUCUGAGAACCUAAUGAAUUACUUAUUCCUUUACAGAACAACUCUGUAAACGUUACAGUUUUAGACAUUUUUUGGAUUAAAUAUUCACUGUAACAGUUCAAAGACAGAUGAUGUACGUUUCUGGUAGAAUGUCCCACAUUGUUUUAUGUACAUAAUGUAAACAAUAAACAAAUAAAAUAUCUGU